CAGAGGAGGAAACGGUAAAGAAUAUUGACCUGCCGGGGCAAGAAGUGCCUGUGGCCGUCACCUCUCUGGACCUUUGCUAUUAGGACAGGCACACAGGCAGACUUAAAGACGGAGCAGAAGGGAGUGGGGUGCCCAGCCCCUCCCUGUUGGGGACAUGGGGGCCCCCUCCAGGGCCGGGGCUGAGUUAUGCACGGUGUCCUACAAUCCUGUGAAUAUUUAGCUGGUUCUGUCCCCUUUGCUGGCUUCUGCUUGUGUAAACAGCCACCAGGGUAGGGGAGGCAGAAGCUGUGGCAGCAGCAGCAGCAGCAGGGGACAGUGGGGAGGGAAGAGGCCCGAGGCUUACAACGAGGACGACCUGACUGAGGGAGCCACCUGUUAGCCCCGCCAUGGACAGCAGGGUGUGGACUGCCUACAUCCUUUGCUUGCUGAGUCCAUUACCAAUUGUAUUGGGCCACGUGCACCCAGAGUGUGACUUCAUCACCCAGUUGAGAAAGGAUGAGAGGUUGUGUCUACAAGCAGCAGAAGGGGUGCCCAACACCACUCUGGGCUGCCCUAGGACCUGGGAUGGACUGCUGUGCUGGCCAAUGGUAGGCUCUGGCGAGUGGGUGACUCUCCCCUGCCCAGAUUUCUUCUCUCAUUUCAGCUCAGAGCCAGGGGCUGUGAAGCGGGAUUGCACUAUCACUGGCUGGUCUGAGCCCUUCCCACCUUACCCUGUGGCCUGCCCUGUGCCCCUAGAGCUGCUGACUGAGGAGAAAUCCUACUUCUCCGCAGUGAAGAUCAUCUAUACCCUGGGCCAUAGCAUCUCGGCCGUGACCCUCUUCGUGGCCAUCGCCAUCCUGCUGGCUCUCAGGAGGCUCCACUGUCCCCGGAACUACAUUCACACCCAGCUGUUUGCCACUUUUAUCCUCAAGGCGGGAGCCGUGUUCCUGAAGGACGCCACCCUGUUCCACAGCGAGAACACGGAUCACUGCAGCUUCUCCACUGUUCUGUGCAAGGUCUCUGUGGCCACCGCCCAUUUUGCCACCAUGACCAACUUCAGCUGGCUGUUGGUGGAAGCUGUGUACCUGACCUGCCUCCUAGCCUCCAAGUCGCCCGGCACAAGGAAGGCCUUCUGGUGGCUGGUUCUUGCUGGCUGGGGGCUCCCCCUGCUCUUCACUGGCAUGUGGGUGUGUUGCAAGGUGGCCUUUGAGGAUGUUGCGUGCUGGGACCUGGAUGACAGCUCCCCUUACUGGUGGAUCAUCAAGGGGCCCAUCGUCCUCUCUGUUGGGGUGAACUUUGGGCUUUUCCUCAAUAUUAUCCGCAUCCUGCUAAGGAAACUGGAGCCAGCUCAGGGCAGCCUCCACCCCCAGUCUCAGUACCGGCGUCUCUCUAAGUCAACGCUUCUCCUCAUCCCGCUGUUUGGAAUUCACUAUGUCAUCUUCAACUUUCUGCCCGACAGUGCCGGCCUGGGCAUCCGCCUCCCCCUGGAAUUAGGACUGGGCUCUUUCCAGGGCUUCAUCGUUGCCAUCCUGUAUUGCUUCCUCAACCAAGAGGUGAGGACUGAGAUCUCACGGAGGUGGCAUGGCCAUGAUCCUGAGCUGCUGCCAGCCCGGAGGGCCUUCACCAAGUGGACGAUGCCUUCCCGCUCUGGGGUGAAGAUGUUGACAUCUGUAUGCUAGGCUGGCCACAUCACGUGACUGGAGUCCACACCUGAACUCGGGCAGCUACAAUAGCCCCCCCCCCUCUGUAGAAGCAAGAGAGACCAGUGCCCCCGAGAGCCCUUAGGCCAUGUCCCCACCCCAGCUGCUGCCCAGCCCUGGGCAGGGGUAACCCUCUUAACCUUGUCCUACACCUGACCCUAGGUCCCUGUGUUUAUACCUCUGACCUCCUUGGUUCCUCCGUCUCCAUUCUCCUCCAAUUCCUUCUGCUAGAGUCUGGGCCAUAACCCAAGGCCAGAGGAGCCAAUAAACUUGUAAAUGGACAGAUACAA